AUGGGCGCCUGGGCCGAGAUUGUUCUGUGGCAAAAUGGAAAAGUGGUCAGUUUAUAUGAUUGGCACGUGAUAGGGGGUUAUAUACUUGGUAUUUAGUAGGGAAUUGUAUGCUUUUUAUUUGAUAGGAAAAGGAUAGUUACAAGCUCGUUACCUUUAUUUACUUUGUAGCUUGUUUUGAUAACUUUACCUACGUUAAAAUGACAAAUCUUACGAUAUUCUUUUAGUUACACUCGUUUCUGGCCGAUGAAGCUUCGGUGGACAUUGGCAAACAAUUCUUGGUUUCUAGCGCUUUUCAAAACACAGGUAAGAUUGUUUCACAAUUUUAAAUGGUUUUUUUUUUGUAAAAUACGGGCUUAAUUGUUCUCGAUACCAAAGAGGGUUAAAUUGACACCUAAAACAUCUUCAGAUCCCCAAAUCUGCACAAUAACUAAGCUGAAGAGUGGGUGCGAAGUCAAGAACCACUCAUUCCAACCGAUUUACAUCGACACCACCGCCAACCAUCGUCCCGGCGUUCCACACUCAAAACAUUCACCCAAAGACUUGGCCAAAUCCGAAUCGGCCAUGCUUUUCUGGGACACAGCCUUUGCCAGAGCCCUGAAAGAUGCCACAACAGUCGAAGAGUUACAGUCGAAAGAGCUUCAAUCAAUGUGUUACUCGAAGAUCGAAUUCAAAAGAAGCGGCGAGAACUUUGGCAUCGGAAUAACGUUCGUCGAGGCGUGGGAGAAGAUUAGAAAGGCUAUCGCGGCCAAGAGUUUUGGACUGGAUAAUAGUGAAGUGUGAGUUUUUAGGGAUAGAUUUUUUGGUUUUAAGAUGGUGAGGGGGGGGGGACAAUUUUUUGAAAUGAGGGGUGUUUAAAAAAGUUUUUUUUGGGGUGGGUGGGGUGAGUCAAAAAAAAAUUUUUUUUUGGGGAUGGGCGGGGGUAAAAAAAUCAAAUUUAACUUGAGUCAGGGACGGAUGGUGUCAAAUUCGACUCUUCCUUAAAAAAAAUUUUUGGGGGUAUGGGAAGAGGGAAAAAUCAAAAAUUUUUUUAAAUUUUUUUUUGAAAUUCACGGUGCGGAGGGGGACAAAUUCAUUGUUUUCUAAAUUGAUGACAAUGGUUUUUAACAUAUAAACAUUAGGUUGUUCGAAUAAUUCUGCGCCCCUUUCUAAAAUUUUUUUUUGGUUUGAGGGCACAGAAUUAUUUACUUAAUAGUUUUGUAAAACGCAGUUUUUGGGCUUUAAUUGUGAAGUAAGAAGUGAUUGCACUAUUUACCACAAGUAAAUUAACAAAAAAUUAAUUUUAAAACUAUAAACUAAACUUCAAACCUAUUUUCAGGAACAGAACAGUAUCGUUGUCCCAAUCCGAUGCUCAACGCUUCAAAUUGCCAGUCUUUAAGCCAAGCUCGUCUCCAUUGCGUAACAGAUCCUCUUUGGCUCUAAUAUUGGACAGAGAAGAGGCUAGGCCAAGGAAAUCGUCGAUUGUCAGGGAUUUGGUCAAUAAUUUCACGGUACUUUAUGUUUUUGGUAUAUUACGCUGUUCCAAUAAUUCUGGGUUCCUUAACCUCGAUAAUUUGCUUUGAGAGGGGGUGCAGAAUUAUUUGAACAACGUAAUAUUUUAAUAGUGUGCCCUUGACCCUGAAAAUUUGUUUUGAUAUGGGCUCAGAAUUAUUUGAGCAACCUAAUAUUUUAAAAGGGCACAGAAUUAUUUGAACAAUCAGGUUUUCAAAAUUUGAAGUUUUGGAUAACAAUAUUUUUCAGACUCAAAUCGAGAACAAAGAGAACCAGCUUGUCCACACCUCAUCAACCUCAUCGUUGACUCCAAAAUCAGAAUCCGAAGCCCUACCACCGAAAGGUCGACCAUCCUUAAGGAAGUCGAAUGCCUUGUUCCUAAAUCACAAAACCCCAGUCCUAAAACAAUCGCUGAUCGAACUGGACGAGGAGGUGAAGCUUCUGGAGCUAAUGGUACAGAAAAUUCAAGAGAAUGGUCAUCAUAGUCAUCAUACCGAAAAGAAUGGCAAAAUAGAUGACAGAUAUGGUCGUGACCUCAAAUAUGGCCGAAGAAGUGUAACAGAUCAAACUCCACCGAACAGAACCUCGAGACACGCUCACUACAGCCACGUGGCUUCGGAAUCCUCGCCGGAAGAGGUGAUUCUCAGAACCGAACGAAUCGAACCCAAAAUUCGAACUUUUUCCACCGGAGGCAUGGCUAAAUUGGAGGUGUAA